AAAAGUUCGCGUAACGUUCAUCCUUCAACCUCUCAGAGAAGAAACCUCGUUCGCUUAUCCAUGCAUACAGGAAAAAAAACAUUAAAUGUCACAGAUUCUCAAUAAUAUCUCUCAGAGACCAUCCCUUCAGUGACGUCACCACCUUCUCUUAGCUGUCUCCCUAUUUAAAAUCCAUCCAUGCAACUCUAGCAUCCCAAAAUAAAAUAAAAUAAAUAAACAAAACUCACACAAAAUAUAUUUUUGGGUUUUGUUUUAUUUAUUUAUAUUUAAAAUCAAGAAUAUGGAGAGAGCCUCUUCUUCUUCAUCAUCCGACUCAUCAUCCAUAACUUCUUCUUUUUUUUCUUCCUCCGAUCAUUCUCUCUCCACCACUACCGAUCAAACCUCAACUUUCUUGACGUCAUCCAUGCUUUCUCGCACGUCAUCAUCUUCUUCCUCCGCCGUCGGAGACUACAUCGGCACAGAGAGCUGCUUCGACGUCCUCUCCGCCGACGAAGAAAACGACGUCUCCUCCGCCUCCGAGCCUUUGAGCCGGUAUCGCUACGGAGGAAGGAGGAGAGAGGAGAGAGAAGCCAGAGCUGCGGCGGCGCGUGAGUUUCCUCCGCCGAUACCGUUGCUUGCUCAGACGGAGAAUCUCCUGCCUCACAUGCCUUGGGUUCUCAAGCGUGUGGUGACUAGCGACGGGAGGCUUAUACUCAGGGAAGAGAAGGUUCGUCAUCACGAGUAUUUCCGUGCCAAUAGAUCCAACGGUCGUCUCACUCUCCACCUUGUUCCUCUGGACGACGACGUUUUUGAACUUCCCCAAGAGCCCUCUCAUUACCAAUCUGAUGAUGAUGAUGAUGAUGAUGAUGAGCAUGAGUAUGAUGAGCAUGAGUGUGGUUAUGAUGAUGGUGAUGAUCAUGUGGGAGAUGAUGAUUUGGAUGAUCUUGCGGAUAAUGUUCGUAAGAGUGUUAUUAUCAAUGACCAUAAUGAUGAUGAUGAUGGUGAUAAGGGCAAUGUGCAUGGAGAUAGUGAAGAUGGAUAUAGGAAGGUUAUCUUAGCGGCGGUGGCGGAGGAGACGGUGGCGGAGAGCGGAGGGAUGAUCGGAGGAGGAGGAUCGCCGAGAGGAAAGUGUUUGAAGUCUUGUUUUGUUGGUAUCAGAGUUCGAGAGAUCAGACCAGUACUUAGUUGAUUUAUUAUUGGUAAAACUAGUCUUUCUUAGCUUUUUUUUUUGUGGAAAACAAAAAUAUUACUACUAUCGCGCAGAGAGUUUAAAGAAAAUAUCGGCUUAAUUGAAAAUGAAUAUCACAAGGGUUCUUUUCCAUAAAGAAACUACCGGCUUAAUUGUU